AUGGCUUCCCAACGGCGGGCGGCUCCUCCGCGCAGCCCCCGGCACAUGGGCCGCGGCUCCGGCAGCGCGGAGCUGGCCAUGGCCGCACCGCCCGCCCGCUGCCCCGACUGCCCGGGGCCGGGGCCGGAGCGGGGGGGCGGCGGCGGGACCCCCGCCGUGCCCCACCUCGGCAUUGCGGUGGACGAGCGUGACGUGCUGCCCGGGGCGCUGCGGAUCGUGCGGGAGAUGAGACCCGGCUGGGGGCCGGCCAGGGGGAGGACCAAGCUCUUCACGGAUGGCAUCACCAACAAGCUGGUGGCCUGUUACAUGGACGAGGGGAUGGCGGACGCGGUGCUGGUCCGUGUCUACGGCAGGAAGACGGAGCUGUUGGUGGACCGGGAGACGGAGCUGAGGAACUUCCAGGUGCUGCGUGCCCACGGCUGUGCCCCCGACCUGUACUGCGCCUUCCAGAACGGGCUCUGCUACCAGUUCCUGCCGGGCAUCGCGCUGGGGCCCGACCACGUGCGGGACCCCCACAUCUUCAGGCUGGUGGCUCAGGAGAUGGCCCGAGUCCACGCCAUCCACGCCAACGGGAGCCUCCCCAAGCCCAUCCUCUGGCAGAAGCUGCACAAAUACCUCACCCUCGUGAAGACAGAGCUCAGCCCAAAGGUAUCCAACCCCAGCCUCCAGCAGGACGUGCCCAGCCUGGAGACGCUGGAACAGGAGCUGGCCUGGAUGAAGGAGGCGCUGUCCCAGCUGGGCUCCCCCGUGGUGCUCUGCCACAACGACCUGCUCUGCAAGAACAUCAUCUACGACAGGACACGAGAGCAGGUUCGCUUCAUAGACUACGAGUACACCGGGUACAACUACCAGGCUUUUGAUAUCGGGAACCACUUCAACGAGUUUGCAGGUGUGAAGGAGGUGGAUUAUGGCCUCUAUCCCAGCAAGGAGACCCAGCUGCAGUGGCUGCACUCCUACCUGCAGGCCUACAAACAGCUCACCCAGGGGGACCCAGGCAGCUCUGGGGUGUCCGAGGAGGAGCUGGAGACUCUCUAUGUGCAAGUGAACAAGUUUUCCUUGGCAUCCCAUUUCCUCUGGGCAUGCUGGGGUCUGAUCCAGGCUAAAUACUCUACCAUAGACUUUAAUUUCUUAAGAUAUGCAAAGUUAAGGUUUAAACAGUACUUCAAGAUGAAACCGGUGGUCACAGCCCUGCAGGUCUCCAAAUAGCCCCACUGGCUCCGAGCCCCCGAGCUCUUCCGUCCUCGCUGCGUCCACGGCCCCGCAUCCCCCUCGCCCUUCCCCACCCCGCCGGGGGCGAGGGCAGGUCCUGACAGUGGGCAAGGGGGAGGAGAGGAGCUCUGACCCGGCCACCGACCAAAGGGGACCCUGGACAUGCCCGAGACUGGACCAUGAGAUGCUGGAGAGGCCCCACGGCCCCGGAGAGGCCGCUGCCCGCACGAGGCAGCCCCACCAUCGCCUUAACGCCGAGCCCCGCUCGGCCCCGUGCCUGGCAGGUCCGUGCCCUGCUGGCACUGCUGCUGCUUGGCCUGGCACCUGGUUUGCUCCCUCUGUGCUGUCCCUGAGGGGCAAAAUGGGUCCCCCCUCCAUCCGCUCAGGAGCCCCCAGAGCUGCCCAGUCACUUUGCUGCCCGGUGCUCACGUUGUGCCCGUCGCCUUUGCUGUGCCGUCUCUGUCCUCUUGUGCCCUGGGUGCCACUGGGGCUCUCACUCCCAAACCAGCACCUUCCCUGGGUCCAUACUGAUCCCAGGCAUGGGACCCUUUUCCAUGGGGGGUGGGAGCUGCUGUGCUCCAGCUCAGGUGGUGCAAAGGAGGAAGGGGCAGAGCCAGCCGUGAGCCACGUGGGUUUGCGGCCAGGGGGCUGCUGUGGGUGGGCCCUGGGUGUCUGCACCCCCUGUGCUGUGCUCAGUCCAUGGCUGGCCCUGCCUGUCCCUGUGGCUGGCCCUGCCUGUCCCCUCGGCCAUGGUCUCCCACACCCCCCUUGGCUUCAUGACUUCCCCCAGAGCAUCCUGUGCUUCCAGAGCAGGGGGCUCCCAGCUCUGCCUUCCCCGUCUCCCCCAGGGCUGGGGGUGUUGGUCCUGCCCCUCCACCCUCCCUGUGCUCCUCUCUGGGCUGUGGGACCCCCUGGGAGGAGUUUGGGCAGAGCUGACCUGCUCCUGGAGCCGGGCACAGCUUCCCCCCCUCAGCACUCGGCUACUCCCCCACCACAGGCUGUGUGAGGGCUGUCCUGGCCUGCUGAGCACUGUCCAGCUCAUCACAGUGGUUGUGCAUCACCUGGGGGUGGAAUGGAAUCCCUCUGCACCUGCCUUGGCUGGUGGCUGUCCCCUCCCUAUGGGCACAGGAACCUCCCCCAGCAAGAACCAGGACUGUUGUUGCAUCUGUGUUUGUUUCGGUGCAAAAUAAAAGCUGCUGGUAGCUGAAAA